AUGAACUUCGCGUACUCAAAGGGAGGCACCUGGGGCCAGCAAUGGCGAUCCUCGCCUUUUUUCAUCGUCAGUGCCAUGGCGAUGGCCCUGUUCACUGACACCUUUCUCUAUGCCUUCCUCGUCCCCAUCCUCCCCUACGUCCUCGAGAGCCGCCUCGGAUUAGAUGUCUCCCUCACCCAACGCAUGAGUUUUGCCUUGCUGUCGGAAACUGCGGUCGCUGCUCUCGUUACAAGUCCGUUUAUUGGCCACUAUGCAGAUCGGCUGUCCUCUAAGCGGGUUUUACUCGUCGGAUCGCUGGUCGCUGCAUUGAUUGGCUCUAUAGUCCUGGCCCUGGCGACAUCCACAUUUACUCUUUUUGCCGGACGUCUCAUUCAGGCAGUCGCCAGCUCGUUCAUUUGGGUGGUCGGAUAUGCGACGAUCGCGGACAAUGUACAACCGGAACAUCUGGGCAAGACAUAUGGGGUUAUCUCACUGGUCGUAGCGGCAGGUACCUCCGGAGGCCCUAUGGUCGCUGGUAUUCUGUUCGAGCUGGGUGGAUAUUGGACAGCAUGGUCUAGUGCUUUCGUUAUUCUCAUCGUCGACAUCAUCCUUCGACUGCUCAUGUUGGAGAAACCGACCACCAAAGAUGUGGAAUAUAGCAGCAGUGAGAGUGUUGUAUCCAACACCGAGAGCGCUCCACUUCUCAGCGACACACACAGCAAUGCACGCAGUGAUGCACGCAGUGAUACGCACAGUGAUACGCACAGUGUGAUCGAGGGGGAACUCACAGGCCUAAAGUUUUACUUGUACAUCCUGCGGUAUCGUCGCUUCGUGUGCGGAGUGGUCAGCUACUUCUCCUUUGCCGUCUUGGUCUCCAGCUUUGACACCACUCUACCUCUGCACGUUCGUGAUGUGUUCAGCUGGGGUAGUUUUCCUGCCGGCAUGAUGUUCUUUGCUCUGCAAGGCCCUGGUAUCCUGCUUAGUCCCCUGUGUGGGUGGUUGAAGGACCGGGUGGGAACCCGGUGGCCUACCACGGUCGGGUUUUUGCUGCUUGCGCCUGUGAUGUGGGUCAUUGGUAUGCCUGGGGACGAGCGAUUCCCCUGGGCCAAUGAGGGCGACCGGGGAAAGGUUAUUUACGCUGUUGGGGUGACUCUGGUGGGAUCCGUGUCCUGUCUGCUGAACGGGGCCGGAACGAUUGAGGCUACGGUCACCAUUGACGAGGUCGAGGCCAAACAUCCCGGUAUCUUUGGCCCGAACGGGGGAUAUUCGCGGGCCCUUUCGGUGGCGAGUAUGGGCUGGACGCUGGGCGCAUUCAUUGGACCCAUCGUGUCUGGCUUUGUCGCCGAGCAGGUCGGAUACUACGAGAUGAGCUGUGUUAUCGCGGCUGUCUGUGCGCUCUCUGGCAUCAACACUUUCUUCAAUCUCGACUCGAAAGUACAUUUCGACCGUGUGGCGGAAUCGGCCUAGCCUCCACACUGGUAUGCUGGGCGAUUUGAUCCGAGCGACCUAGACGGAUCCAAAAGUUUCUCCUGCAUAUACGAAAAGCACCGUGUUUCAUUUGUGGGUUCAGCGACGGCAUGGGAUCUAGAUUGCAUUACAGUUAGACGCAUUGACUUUGAAUCGGAGGUGUCAGUCUUUUCUUAUCGCAAGGGACACUUGUGCCAGCCACAUACGAGCUGGUCAUCUGUGCGCGGAGUUAUCUCUUUGACUUGAUAUUGUAGACGUCAAGCCAGCUCACCGAGAUAGAUUACCCCGUAUCUCGAGUCUCAAAGAUAGGUCUAGACUAUCGCGGAGUCCAAACUUAGAGUUUGCUCUUUGUCCUGCCCGGGGUCAUUGCGUAGGGGAGACACAUCACUUUUAAUCUAUUUGACAUGAUAAGCCAACAACAAUCAACCUACUCUACUCAAUGAU